AUGAAAACCAAAAAAGGGGAGAUGAGAGACUACAAUUAUUAUAGCCACACACCCAAAGUUCUUUGCCUUCUGUAGAGCAAUUGGAAACUAUACCUGGUCCCCAAUUAUUACAGAUCUUGUAAACAGUAAAAUGAUUUGAAUAGCUCAGAAAUGUCUAUUGAUGAGCAUCAGCACCAAUUAAGAAAAUAGAUGUCGAUCGAAGAAGUAAGCCCAUCCCCGUUGAAGAGGCAGAAAGAAAAAGUGCACCAAAAUCCAAUUGAAAUGAAGUAAGUUGAAUAGGUUGAAGAAAUUCCUCACAUCCAAACUCGAAGAAAAGCGAAUAAAACCAAUUAUAAUGUUGAUGAUUCUCCAACCGAAGAAGAUGAUUUCAAAGCUUGUCAUUGUUCCAAAACCCAUUGUUUAUAAUUAUAUUGUUCGUGCUUUCACAAUCGAAGGCCUUGCACAAACGAAUGCAAAUGUAACGAUUGCUUUAAUGACGGUAAACAUGAGGAUGAGGUCAUUAAGGCUGUGGAAUAAAUUAAAUUAAAAGAAUAACGAGCCUCCCAUCAUGACUUAGACUCAUUUGACACCAAAUAAGUAUGGGGUUGUAAGUGUAAGAAGACUAAGUGUGUCAAAGGUUAUUGCGAAUGUUUCAUUAGAGGAAAAAAGUGCACUUCACAUUGCUAAUGCACAGAAUGCGAAAACAAACGGUAACCUAAAUAACAUAAGUAAAAACCUCCAGAAGAAAUAACUAAAUAAAUCAAGAAAAAAAAAUAUUCAUGA